AUGGUAGCCCGGCAGGAGGCUCGAGACUGGAGCAGGGCGGCAUCGACCGCGGCAAGCUCGGCAGCGACCGAGCGACCGGCAGGGGCCGGGAAGAGCGGCCGCAGGCGCGGCAAGAGGAGUGAGGCAGCGAUCGAGACCAGGCGCAAGGCCCUCCAGUUCAAGCACGACUUGAGGGAGACUGGCAACAAGCUCCGAGACCUCGCACAUAUCGAGGACCAUCCCUCGGAGAACUCAUCGGACGCCAUUGAGGAGGCGCAGAAGGAGGUCCUAGGCAGGAUCACGGACCUUGAGCGCACGAGGCAGCAGAUAGCUGAGAGCCGGGAGGAGCUCGCAGAGAGACACGCGAUCAAGCAUGGACGAGCAGGUUCGGCAGCAGUUCGAACUGCUGAGGCAGGAGCAGCCGACGAGAUGAGGAGGCUGGAGAGCGAGAGUCAUCGGCUUCAGCAGCAAGUAGCAGGAGGCCUCGCGGCAAUUCCGCAGGCGAUCGAGCGUAUGGGCGAGCAGAUCAGAGGCGCGUCGAGCGCGGGCGUAGCCGCUCACGGUCUCGUCGACACGAAGGGGAUUGGCAAGCCCACGACGAUGGGCGACGAUCAAGAGAAGUUCGGCGCUUGGAAUCGCAAGAUGGAGAACUACGUGAUCGGCGUGUGCGGAGAGAGUUUUCGUCCCGUUCUUCGGUGGGCUGCAGAAGCCGAACGCCCCGUGACGAUCGCGGGGGCUCAGGCGGCGCACGACGGAGUGCCAGAGCUGGAGACAAAGGUCAACCAGCUGUACGCGGCGCUGAUCAGCACGACGGCGGACGGGAGCGAGAGCAACGACCUCGUGACGGGCGCUCCCGAUGGGAACGGUCUCGAAGCCUGGCGGAAGCUCCACCGCAGGUGGGAUCCGACGACAGGUCCGAGGAAGAGGCUGAUCCUGAGGUCGAUCAUCUCGCCUCCGAAGUGCAGCGCGGACGAGCUGGGAUCCGCCUUAGAGAAGUGGAUCCAGCAGAUAGGCAGGUACGAACGCCGCCAAGGAGAAGAUGGUCUAGCCGAGCUGCCGGAGGAUAUCAAGAUGGCGGCUCUCGAGAUGCUCGUGCCUCAGGACAUCGAGAACCACCUCGUCCUCAACAAGCAUCGGCUCGAAACGUUCCAGGACAGUCUGAACGAGGUGAUGACGAUCGUGGAGGCUCGGACCGGCGUGAAGAUCAAGGAGCCAUCGAUCCGGCACACGGCACCUCGAAACACCAGCGGGCGCUUCGACGGCUACUGUCGGAACUGCGAGAGAUGGGGCCACGGCAUCCGACUGCUGGAAGAAAGAGCAGGGAUCGAGUUCGAGGGCUGGAACUGGAUCCGCAACGGGGGCAAGCGCUGCCUGGACUGCCUGGAGCUCGCCAGCGGCAGCGGCCGCGGCGUAGCGGCGGUCGAUCUCUCCCCCUUCGCGCAGGACGACUGGAUGAAGUUCAACUGGGACAGCGGUGCAGCUAUCUCAGCAUUCCCUCGGAGCUUCGCGCCGCCGACGGGAAUGAAGGGCAACGGCAGCACGUAUCGUACGGCCAGUGGUGAGCUCGUCCCGGACGAGGGCAGCUUGCAGCUCAAGGCGGAGGACGAGUACGGAGUGCUACGAGCGCUCAAGGGACGCGUGACGAACGUGCACAAGCCGUUGAUCUCGGUGGGGCAGGCAGCAGGAGCUGGACAGUGUUCAUUCCUGGGCCGCAAUGGCGGCUGGAUAUUCCACGAGAAGAGCCCAAUCGGCAAGCGCGUGGUAGGCAUGCUCGAGAAGGAGGCGAAGGCGGCGAAGCACCAGAUGCUGCCGGUCUAUCGCGAGCAGGGCGUCUACAACUUCUACCUCAAGAAGGGCCAACAUGGCUCGGUUGCUCCUCUCGAGGAGGGACUUUCGGCGAAGUCGAAGUCCGAGCUGGUGGAGCUCCUCAGCGGCAAGUCGAAGGAGGAGCUGCUGGAGAUCCUCGAGAAGACAGCACCUCAUGAGCCCUCUCAGAGGGAGAUCGCCGAACACGAGGCGAUGGGACACGCGACUUAUCGCAGCUGGUGUCGCGUGUGUAUUGCGGCAAAGGGCCAAGGCCAGCCGCAUCUCCGCGCACCGGAGGACGACGAGACAGCGGUGCCGGUGGUCUCGUCCGACUACGCCUUCAUGGGCCAGGACGACGCGGACACCAUGCCGAUGCUGGUCCUUAGGGAUCGGCGCUCGAAGAUGAUGGCGGCGACAUUCGUGGAGAAGAAGGGCGACGACGCCUACGCCAUCAAGUUCUUCGCACGCUUCUUGCGGAUCCUGGGCUACAGGAAGAUCGUCAACAAGUCCGACGGCGAGCCAGCGAUCCUGCUGGUCAAGAGGCGUGCGGUGGAGGAGGUUCCUGGCCUCGAGGCCAUUCCCCAGGAGUCGGCACCGGCCGAUCAUCAGGCCAAUGGGGAGAUUGAGGUCACGGUGCGCGAGAUCAAGAAGCAGGUGCGGGCGCUCAAGAUGGACCUGGAGUCCAAGCUGGGCGUCAAGGUGGAGGACAAGCACCCGGUGCUAGCGCACCUGCCGGAGCACGCCGCAUCGGUAAUCAACCGAUACCGGCGCGGCCAGGACGGCAAGACCGCUCUUCAGCGGCUCACGGGACGGCAGUGGAGGAAGCCGGUCCCGCUCUUCGGCGAACGCUUGAUGGCGCGGUUCGCCGGGGAGCGCGCGAGGAAGAACGCGCUGGAGGAGCAGAUGGUGGAGGCUCGCUACAUCGGCCACCACCCGCGCGACGGCUCGAUGAUGGUCAUCACGAGCGACGGCGUGAAGAAGGCGGUCGGCUUCCGCAGCCUGCCGCAGAGCGAGAAGUGGAUCACGGCGGGCUGGGGUGGCCUGAAGGGCCUGCCGUGGGACGUGGCUCCGCGUGCGGCAAGCGCGCCGCGGGCCAUCGUCGGACCUGGAGAGGUCGGUCCGCCACCAAUUGUGGUGGCGUCGCCGCAGCCGCAGGCGCCGAGGAGGAUGUACGUCCUCAAGGCGGACGUCGAGCGGCUGGGCGCAACGCCGGGAUGCCCAGGGUGCAUCUCGAUCGCUCGGCACGGCCGGGUGCUGGCUGGCCACGCGCACAACGCGGUGUGCAGCAAGAGGAUCUUCGAAGCGCUGGACGCGGAGGAGGCAGGCCGGGAGAGGACCGGCCAGUAUCGAGAGCGGAGGCAGGGCCAAGAGGCCAGAGUCCGACCGGCGGCAUCGGCCGCGGCAGGGACCCCUCCGCCGAAGACGGCUCGGAGGAUCACCGAGCCGGUGGCAGCGGCGGCAGCGGCAUCGGCCGCGCCGGCCGCGACCCGCUCGGCAGCAGCGCCAGCCGUGGCAGCCACGGCGGCGCGCCUGCGAGAGAGCCAGCCGGUAGCACCGGGCUUCGGCGUGGCGGCUCCUUCAGGAGGAGCGAGCUCCAGUUCGGGAGCGGCGCGAGCGGCAGAGGCCGCCGCGGAUGUCGACAUGACCGCGGCUAGGUCGCGGCUGAAGCGCUCGGCAGAGGUGGCCCCGGAUGAUGUGCCGGAGGCCCUCGAGCGCGGUGAUCCACAGCCGGCAGACGUGCCGGUACCGGUGGACAUGGAGGAUCUCGCGGCGCAGCCGGCGCCGGCGGAAGGACCUCAGCUGCCAGCUGGAGUGGCAGUCGUGUGGAACGCCAGUGAGGGGAGGCACAUGCGGGUGCUCGCCCUCGAUGUGGCGUCGAUCGAGCUGGUUGAGCUCGGAGUGCUGACGAGAGCGAAGGCGGAGUUGCUCCCGCUCGUUCGCGAACAGGUCAGUGGCCAUUGGGCCAGCGCCGGCGUGGACAUCGCCGACGAGGAGGUGGACAGCAUCGCCCUAUCGGCGUUGCAGCUGGGCGCCGUGGACGUGGCCGAGGUGUACUCGCCACAUCGGUUCUCGGCUCGGGCAGCGGAAUUUCAGCUGCGCCCGGGCUUCGCGGCGGACCUGGAGGAACUCAAGGAGGACGGGGCGCCGUGGGACUUGCGGCGCCCCGAAGAUGUCAAGGAGCUCGAGAAGCAGCAGGAGCGGAUGGAUCCCAUCCUGCUCACGGGGUCCCCUCCAUGCGAGAAGUUCAGCUUGCUGAGGGGCCUGAGCGCCAAGUUCAGGACCGAUGAGCAGGAGGCGGCUGAGAUGGAGGAGGCCAGACACCACCUGAAGGUGGCAGUCGACGCCUACUGGCGUCAGCUCAGGAAGCCAGGCAGGUACUUCUUGCAUGAGCAUCCCUGGAGCGCGCGAUCGUGGAAUGAGGACAUCGUCAAGGAGCUGGUCGCGCAUCCAGGAGUCUUCACGGUCAAAGGCCCCAUGUGUCGGUGGGGCAUGAAGCUCACGAACCCCCGCAAUGGCCAGGAGGAGUUCGUGCGCAAGGAGACCGGAUGGGUCACCAACCAUCCAGGCCUAGCCCGGAGGCUGCAGGGCACUUGCAGCAAUGUGGACGGCCGCGCGGAAUGGCAUCGCCACAUCACGCUCGUGGGCGGCAUCGCGCGGUUCGCGAAGGUCUAUCCACCGAAGUUGGUGGAGGCGGUGCUGGAGGAGCUCAAGGACACGCUGAAUGACGUGGGAGAGCUCAGCACCGCCCAGGUGCAGCAGUCGGGCCCAGUCCCUGUGGACGCGGCAGUGCCGCCCGGGGACUGGACGAGUUACUGGGACGACGUCAAUGGCGGCUACCUGGAGGCGGGCCUUGUGGCCCAGGCUCGCGCGGUCGAGCGCGAGUGGGUCAAGAAGCAGGAGCUGAUCGAGAUCGUCCCGAGGUCUCAGGCUUUCGCCGAGACUGGGCGUCCGCCCAUCCCACUCAAGUGGGUCGACACGAACAAGGGUGACGCGGAGAGGCCCAACUACAGGAGCAGGCUCGUCGUGAAGGAGAUCAAGGCGAAGAAGCGCCCUGACGAGCAGCUGGAGGCGUCCGAGGUCUUCUCGGCCAUGCCUCCUCUGGAGGCCAUGCGGUCGCUGGUCUCGCUGAUGGUCACGUGGACGCGGGAACCACCGCUCCACAUUCAGGAGUCGCUUCGCAAGAAGGGCAGGAAGCCGGGCAACUUCAAGAUCGGCUUCUUCGACAUCAGCAGGGCGCACUUCUACGGGAAGGCGCAGCGGAGGAUCUUCGUGGAGCUGGAGGAGGAGAGUCGCAAGGAGUACGGCGAGGACAAGUGCGGCCUACUCCUCAAGUCCUGGUACGGCACGCAGGACGCCAGCAAGAUCUGGCAGGGCGACUACACGGAGCUGCUGGAGGAAAACGGCUACAAGGCGGGCGUGUCGUGCCCAGCGGUCUUCUACAAGGAGGUGGACGAGACGAGGCUGCUGGGGCACGGCGACGACUUCGCGGUGCUGGCUCAGCAGCAGGACAUCGACAGCUUCGAGGCCACGCUGGGCAAGAAGUACGAGUUCAAGAAGACUGCGAACCUAGGCUUCGACGAGGGCGAUGACAAGCAGGCGGUCUUCCUGAAUCGGGUCAUCGAGGUCAGUGCGGGAGUUCCGCCUGGCGGUGGCCGGCCCUGCCGGCAUGCGAUGAUCGAGCCGGACAAGCGGCACGCGGAGAUCGUGAUCGACGAGUUGGGUCUCAGCAAGGCCAACGGCGUGGACACGCCGACGGAGAAGCGCAGCGCCGACAAGCAGAUGAUGGAUGCGAAGUCGGCGGCGUUGGGAGCAGCGGAAGCUUCGCGCUUCCGAUCCCUCACCAUGAGGGUGGCCUACCUGUCUCAGGACAGGCUGGACUUGGCUGAGGCAUCGAAGACGCUCGCCAGGUCCAUGCAGACGCCAACGGAGGCGAGCUGGCUCAUGCUCAAGAGGGUUGGCCGCUACCUCAAGCGGCAUCCUAGCACGGUGACGGUUUUCACGGAGCAGAAGACGUUCGACAAGAUCCGGGUGUACGUGGACUCCGAUCAUGCAGGCUGUGCAGUCACGCGGAAGAGCACCGGAGGCUUCGUGGCGAUGCUGGGGCAUCAUGUAGUCAAGCACGGCAGUAACCUGCAGUCGACGGUUUCAUUGAGCAGCGGGGAGAGCGAGUACUACGCCCUGGUGAAGGGCGGGAGCGUGGGCCUAGGCCUUCACAGCCUCUUCGCGGAUUGGGGGCUGGACCUGAAGGUGGAGCUUGCCUCGGAUUCAUCGGCGGCCCGGGGCCACGUCCAACGGCGAGGUCUCGGGAAGAUGCGGCAUGUUCAAUCACGAUACUUGUGGAUCCAGGAGCGUGUUGGCAAGGGCGACCUCUCGAUCGCUGCAGUUCCUGGCAAGAACAAUGUCGCGGACGUGCUGACCAAGAGCGUGGGACAUCAAGUGAUGGAGUGGAUCGAAUCCAUGCUCCGCUACCUGUGGGGCUGGAUGAGGUACGGGGUAUCAUUUCAUUUCAAGAUGCGGGUCAAUUCGGCUGUGGCAUUGGUGAUUGUGUUGUGCCCUUUCCUUGCAUUCUGUGCAGCUGGUGCGCAUUCGUUGGCGACUGCGCCCGGUGAGUGUGCGCACUUCGGAGUGCCCACCUCGUGCCGCGCCCUGCGCAGUCGCGGGCUCGAGACCAAGGCGUCGCACAGUGCGCCGAGGAGCCUCGGCACCAGUGCUGCGGCGGAUGUCGCGCUUUGGACAGCGAUGGCCUCCAAGCGGCUGCUGAAGACUCUGGCCGGCGGCGGCCUGCUCGCUAACGUCUUCCUCUACAUCUGCUUCCGCGGCCCCCAGGAGGUGUCGCUGCAGUUCCUGACGACUGGUGGGCAGAACUUUGCUGCAGCGAAAGACGGCCCAGACGCGGCAGGAGCGGAGGAGGAGCAGGAGGACGCGGAGGGCCCGCAGGCAGAAGACGAGGAGGAUGAGGCAGAGGGGGCAGCGCCCGCUGAAGCCCCACGAGAGGCAGCGCGAGCUUCGGCCGAGGCUCGGGUGCAGGCGAAAGGGGGACUCAUGCCAGAGAGUGCCCAGCAAUCCGCCUCGCUCGAAGAGAUAUCUUCGCUUUGCCUCAAUGCUUGCGGUAUGAGGCCAUUCCAGCCGUGUUUGCGGGCAGGUUGA